AUGACUAAACCGUCUGAACUGCAGUCAAAAUUUCUCCAUCGAACUACCCCCGGACCUCCAUUCCAAACGUGGAAACCAAGUGCCCUUGCACGCAAGACCAUCAAAUUUCCGGUGUUUCCCAAUCAAGGCACACCAACCCAGUCACACCUGCUAUGCCUGGAGAGCCACCCCGUCUACCCCGCUGAGACUCCCAAGGUCCCCAGCCCUGACACCACCUCUUGCCUGAGCUCCACCACCAUCACCGUCACCGUUCCCUACCCCACCGGUACUGGUGUUCCUCCUUCUCCCUACGUUCCUGGCAAGCCUUCCGUCCCUGCUGCUCCUUACCCAUCUAAGCCAGUUGGUGGUGCUCCCUACCCAUCUGUCCCUGCCGGUACCGGUGUCCCCCCUGCUGCUGGCACUGGAUACCCCACCAAGACCGGUGGCUACGUCAAGCCUUCCUCUCCUCCUGAGUUCACCGGUGCCGCCUCUGCUCUCAACGUCGGUGGUUUCGUUGCUGGUGUUGGUGCUUUCGCUGCUUUCUUCUUGUAA